AGCAACUGUAAAAACAUAACUUUGAGAUCAACGAACUGUAUAUUAUGAAAUAAUCAAAAAUUCAUAUCAUAAAGUCAUUUUGACAAGCAGUAUGUCGUAGUUAUUAAAAAAUCGAAGUUUCCUUGGCAACACUGUGUCUAAAAAGGCGGAAAUUAUGACAUUAGUCUAAGAAAUAAAUAAAAAUGCCUGUCACUGUCAUUUAAAUGAAUAAUAUCAAGGGGAACCACGAGGUAAAAAUAAUCAUUUAAUAUAAUAACUCAGACAGAGUUCUCGUAAGAAUAGAUGUUUGUCAAAAACCCUGCUAUAAAAUAAUGAAGACCUCUUGCCAGCUGAUAGGUCAAUGGCCGUACCAGUCUUCAAGGAAAAGUCUUGUAUUAAUAACUGUUAUAUGGGUUGCUUUUCUCUUGCAAGCCAUUCCACAAAUUAUAGCGAUGGUGGUGCAUCGUGAUGACUGGGCCGUAUUGUUUGAAGCUUUUUCGUCGUUUGUUAUAGAUCUUGCCUUCAUUAUUAAAUAUUAUAAUACUAUUCAAAAAUCAGAUUUGGUAAAAGAAUUAUUUGACAGCAUGAGACAUGAUUGUAGUGGCUUAUCACACAAUUCAGAAAUAGCUUCUAUGCAAGAUCACGCAAAUCUUGGAUAUUUAUUAUCAGCAAGUUACGCAGGCAUCGGAUACGUAUUAGUGAUGAUUUUCGUAACGGAGCCGGUUCUUCCACGGAUCAUAAAUUUGUUCACAGAAACCAAUGAUACCAUUUCACCAAAAUUUUCUUUGCCAUUAGAGUACAUAAUAAUUGACAAAGAGAAGCACUACCCGGUAAUGUUUACCAUUUCAAAUAUAUUUGUAAUGAAUAUCAUUGUUACUGUAAUAUCGUGCGAUAUUACACUGAUCACAUUCGUCACCCACGCUUGUGGAUUGUUCGCAGUAGUCGGAUCUCGGGUGAAAAAUUCGCCUGUCGAUGCAUCAAUAAAGCGCGGAAUUAUUAAGCCUUUGUCAAAUUCAAUGGACAUUCCUUACAGGCACUUGGUGUCUUGCAUCAGAGGACACAGACGAGCUUUAGAAUUUGCCGAACGCCUUGAGUAUGCUUAUACGGUAAGUUUUGGAAUUUUGGUCGGAUUGAAUCUACCGGUUAUAAGUGUGACUGGAUUGCAGAUUAUCACACAAUCCAAUACAGUGGAACAACUGUUAAAAUAUCUAUCGUUUACACUCUCUGUAGUGAUGCAUAUUUUUUUCUUGUGUUUUCUGUCACAACAGCUGACUGAUACGAGCUCACAGAUCCAAGAAUGCAUAACUGACGUGAAGUGGUAUCAUAUUUCGACCAAGGCCCAAAAAUUGCUGAUUUUGAUGACUAUGAACAGUCAAGCGUCCUGCAAAUUGACCGCUGCUAAGAUUAUGGAGCUAUCUAUCGAAAAUUUUGGAAUGAUGAUGAAAACUUGCGGUUCUUACUUCACGAUGUUGUUAUCUAUGCAAUAGACUGAUUUUAUUGGUAAUAUUCUUCGCAAAGUAGAUAGUAAACUGUCAUAAAAAUAUUUCAUUUUAAUUAGAAAGAAUUGUUAGUAUUUUAGUAAUUAAUAAAAAAAUUCUUAAA